CAUUCAUCAAGCCGCCAUCAUGGUUCUAAUGACUACUGAUUGUUUACCUCUUGAACUAACACAAGUCAUCUUUAGAUAUUUUUGGGGCCUUCUCCUCGUGUCUAUUGUGAAAAGUAUUCGUUUUCACCUCUCAAAGAAAUCAGCUCUUAUUGUCACAAAGUUUAAGCAACUUGGUCGUGUCUCUACGUUUCAUUUUCAAGCUAGCCUUCCUCGUCUGCCCCUACCCAAACUACGAGAAACUUGUCAGCAGUACCUAACAGCCCAGGAAGGCCUCCUUGAUAAAGAAGCAUUUGCUACUACGCAUAAACUAACUCAAGAAUUUUCAAGCAAGGGGUCAACAGGAUGGAGAUUGCAUGAGAGAUUAGUAAAGCAAGAUCAAGCUAACAGGCAUACUAACUUUACAGCUGAGUAUCUGAAAAAUAAAUACCUAAAGAGUCGUUCCUCCCUAAUACACACUAACCCAUUUGGGAUAGGAAAGCAAGAUACUCGAAAUCCUCCUCAAAAUGUAAAAGUAGCUCAAUUCCUUUGGACUGCUGUACAGUACUACAUCAUGCUCAGGGAUAAAGUGCUGGAGCCUCAAGUCUUUUGUUUAAAUGGUAAAAAGAAAGACAGAUUCUUCAAUUUAUUGAGGUUUUUACCGGAAUACAUAUCAUCAUAUGGAGCAUACAUGAUGAAUAUCAUACCAUUGGACAUGUCAAUCAUAUGUAACGCGUUCUGUAAAGCAAGGCUCCCAGGACACAAGAUUGACAGGAUAGUCGACUAUAAGGAGAGUAGUCAUGUUGUUAUAACCUCCAAUGGACACUUCUAUAGUCUUCGUGUCAUUGGAACAGAUGGAAAGUCAGUUGACCUGAAUACGAUAUUCACAGCUAUUGAGCACAUCAUGUCUGAUUCCGUGACUCCUCCUUCUUUCCCAGUUGGUUUCAUCACUGCCAUGGAGCGCAGUGAAUGCGCUAAAGCUCGGGAAGAACUGGCCGCCAUUGGUGACAAUGCUUCCCUCCUUAAGACUAUUGAUAGUUCAAUUCUUGUGUUGUGUGUUGACGAUAAAACUGAGAGCGAACUGGAAUUGGGGAAAAUAUUUCUUCAUAAUAAUGGAUACAACAGGUGGUUUGAUAAAACGCUCCAGCUGAUUGUCACUCGGGAUUGUCACUAUGGAUUCAAUUUUGAGCACUCCUCUCUCACAGGCGGAUCUCUUCUUCCUCUGUUUGACUACCUUUACACCAACUGCAUCAAAGCACCUUUUCCUGAAGCACUGGAGUCACUGGAUGAAACCCUCCAGCCAGUGAAACUAGAGUUCUCACUUUCGGAUAGCUUAAAGAGGUUGAUACAGAAAGGGAGGGAUGAUGCUGCCCAGAUUGCUGCUGGAUUAUUCUUUCAUAAUUUCAAUCACUUUUCGCUGAACAAAAGAUUCAUUAAAUCCAAAAGAAUGAGUAGCGAUGGCCUGAUCCAGCUCUCAUUCCAAAUUGCUUAUUAUCGUGAGCACAGAAAGCUCCCAUCACUUUCUGAGGCUUGCAGUACAGCUGCUUUUCUUCACGGACGUACGGAAACUGUACGACCAAUGUCAGUCCAUGCUCUUAAAGCAGUUCAAGCAAUGGAGCCUGGAUCAGGUGUUAGUGAUGAUGAAAAGAUAUCAUUAAUACGAAAUGCUGUCACAUUUAAUUCAGAUCUGAUCAAGAAAGGAGCAACUGGUAGAGGAUUUGAUAGGCACCUGUUUGCUUUAAAGUGUCUAGCAGAAUCAGAGGGACUUUCUCUUCCCUUCUUUAGUGACAAAGGUUAUCAGCACUUUAGUACCGUUGAUGUAGCUACGUCAGCUUAUCCAACCACAUCUGCUAACUUUGGAGGAUUUGCGCCUUUUAACUAUAACUCAUUUGGGAUUACUUAUUUCAUAUAUGAGGAGUUUAUAGGUAUUUAUAUUGUGAGUCACCCAACUCAUGAUGGUGCUAGAUAUAUUACCAAUCUACAGAAAGUUAUGGAUGAUCUUCAUGAGCUGCUAAAGAAAGAAGACAGCAGCUGCUGAAUGAACUGAGAGCUGCUAGUGUCAUUCAAUGUAUAUGCGAUCAUUAUACUAUUAUUGUACUUAUGUUAAAUAGUAAUGUUCUGUAUUUAUUAUCUGGUUUUUACUUUAAUUUAUUUGAAAUCUUUUUCAGCGACAA